AUGCCGCCGAAACCGAUGACCAGGCUCGUGCGGCCGGCGCGGCAUCGGGCAGGCAAACCGUCAGGCGUCGACUCGGACUCGUCGUCGGAAGAGGAGAGCGGCAGCGAACAGGUCACCACGGCGGCCUCCAAAGCAAAGCGGCCGCCUCCAGCAGCGUCUUCAACUGCUUCUGCACCGAAGCGGACGGGGCCCGGACGCGUUGUGACACACGCGACGCUUGCGAGUGUCAUAAGCCAUGACGACGAGCAGCGGAGACGGCGCGCCGAGCUCGAACGAAAAGCGGCCGAAGAGGGCUUUGUCACUGAAUCUGAGGACGAAGACGAUGGAAAAGCCCAAAACACGAAUGCAAAAAAUGGCGACGACAGUGGGAGUGGAGACGAAAGCGAGGAGGACGACGAUGACGAAAGCGACAGCGGCACCGACGAGGAGAGCAGCUCAGACGACGACCUCCAACCACCCAAGUUUGUCCUGCCCAAGUAUAUGACAAAAGCACAACGAGAAAAGGCGGCCGCCGCCUCGUCUGCGACAAAACCAGACUCAAACGAAGACGAACACGACGAAGAAAAGGCGGAGCGGGAACGCUUGGCGGCGGCUGACGCCCUCGUCGAAGAGCAGAUGCGCAAGCGGGCCGAGGCGCGGGUGGCCAGCAAGAGCAAGAAGAUGUGGGAAGACUCCAACGAGGCUGCCGCGGCGGCAGCGGCGGCGGCGGCGGCAGCGGCCCUGGCGGCCAAGGCCAAGACCAAGGCUGAGGCCAGCUCGGGCUCCGAUGAGUCGGACUCGGACGGCGAGGGCAACGAGGCCGCUGCGUCGGCAGCGGCUGCAGCGGCUGCGGCCGCCGCCGCACUGCUCGAUGUCGACACCGAGGACGACGUCGACCCCGAGGCCGAGUACGCCGCGUGGAAACUACGCGAGCUCAAGCGCAUCAAGCGGCAGCGCGAGCGCAUUGAAGAAAAGGAAAAGGAGCUUGCCGAGCUCGAGCGGCGCCGCAACCUGACCGAGGAAGAGCGCAACGCCGAGGACGCCGGCCUGCUUGCCAAGCAACGCGAGGAAAAGGAAGGCCGCGGCAAGAUGGCCUACAUGCAAAAGUACUACCACCACGGCGCUUUCUACCAGGAUGCCAGCGCUGCCGAGGGCCUGGACAAGCGUGAUCUGAUGGGCGCGCGGUACCAGGACGCGAUCCGCAACCCGGACCUGCUGCCCAAGGCGCUACAGAUCCGCGACGUGACGAAGCUGGGCAAGAAGGGCGCGUCCAAGUACCGGGACCUCAAGUCGGAGGACACGGGCCGUUGGGGCAGCGGGCUGCUGGACGACUACCGGCCAAACCAGAACAACCGGUAUGACUCGUGGGGUCGUGAGCGUCCAGGCUACGCGGAAGGUGGUGGCGGUGGCGGUGGAGGAGGAUACCGCGACCGCGGCGAUGGUGAAAUCAAAGGUGCGAAUGCCAUUCCGCUGGGUGAGCGCAAGUCCCACACGAGCAGCAAGCGUGACGAUCGAUACCGCGACGAUCGAGAUAGCAGCCGACGGGAUGCAGAUGACAGAGAUCGUCGACGUCCAACAUCGAGAUCAAGAUCGCCACGACGCGACCGAGACCCAUACAGCAGCUCUAGGGACGAGCGGAGGAAGCGGUCUCCCCCAUCACGAGACCGGCGAGACAGUCAAGAUCAGGACAGAGAUCGGGACCGAGAUCGACACGGUGGUUCCGACAAGAGGAGGCGGGUAGAGACAUAG